GCCAGCUGACGUCUUCUCCACCUCUGCCCUCAUGGAGAUAUUCUACAUCAACUCCUCCGUACUCCUCAUCUCUCAAAGACCCACCAAUUACAGCCAAGGGGAAAAGACGGUGUAUGAGCUUUGCAAAGACAUGCCCGAAGUCAUUAUUUUCUACCUGACCCUGCAGUUCAUCAACAUGUUCCUGGGCAUCCCGGCUAACAUCAUGGUGCUGUGGCUCAUCCACAAGAACAAGGGCGACUCUUCCACUUCAGACAUCUUCAUCCUUCAUCUGGCCGUGCUGGAUGUCUUUUUCUGUCUCACCCCUCCUCUAGAACUGGCCAACAUCGUCUACCUGACCACCAGCAGCACCUGGUACGUCCUGCGCUUCUUCUACGGCAUCAAAGACUCCUCGCCCCUCUUCCUCUCCUGCAUCUGCCUGGACCGCUACAUGGCCGUGGUCCACCCAAUCACUUUCACCGAGCUCAAGGACCGCCGCCACCGAGCGGUCCUGGCCGCUGUGGUGUGGCUGGUCAUCCUGGCCUAUGCUGCUGCAAAAUGUGUGGGCACCAUUGAGAACUUUGAGAAGGUCUUCACGGUCAUGAUCCUCGCCGCCUUCGCCUUCAUGGUGUUCUGCAAUAUUGCGAUCCUCUGGGCGCUCAAGCAGUCCGGCCCGGGCCGAGACGAGAUGCACCCUGUGAAGAAGAGAGCCUUCAAGAUGGUCCUCAUCAUCCUGGCCAUCAUAGUCUUCAACUACUUUCCACCUGUCGCGCUGUUCCCCUUCCAGCAUUACUUCACCCCCGAAGUGUUUCGCUGCUAUAUUCACUACCUUGCAUUUGGCUUGAUGGACUUCAGCAGCAGCAUUCAGCCUGUGCUUUAUCUGUCCAAGGAGAAACCACCAAUCACAUGGGGACUGUGCUGCCAGGCAAAUGAUCAGUAG